CGCACACUGCGAAACUCCGCCUUAAUUCAAGCAGCCGGCUCAGAAACACCGACGCGUCUUCGUCCUUCAGCUCAUAUCUCUAACCUAAUUGAAGCUCGGUGUUUGAUGAUGAAGGUGUUUGACUUUAUUAUAAUCCUUAUAGAUGAUUGAUGUUAAACGGAAGCGAUGGCAGGACGUCAGUUUUCACGGCGGCGCGCCUGCAGCUUCCGGACUACCGCGUUCCGAAACCCGGACUAUUUGCCUCGGAAAUCCUGUGAACUUGAUACUUCUCAUGGCUAACACUUGUACCUGAACACUUCAUUCCACAUAGGAGUAUUUAUAAUCCUCAAAAUGAAGCAGGUUUGAGUGAACCUGGAAGGCGCAACCCACCUCCAGCACCUCCACCACCUCCACCUCCAAAUCAAGCAGCACCUCCACCUUCAGCACCUCCACUUCUACGUCCAGCACGUCCACCUCCAGCAGCACCUCCAGCAGCACCUCCACUUCUACAUCCAGCACCUCCACCUUCAGCACGUCCACCUCCAGCAGCACCUCCACUUCUACGUCCAGCACCUCCACCUUCAGCACCUCCAGCAGGUCCACCUCCAGCAGCACCUCCACCUCCACCCCAGCAGCACCUCCACCCCCACCAUCACCUCCGCUCCUGUCACUUAACUGUAUUUCCUGUUUUCCUGUUUCAUUUCUCAUCCCGGGAUUAUUCCAGAUUCUAAAUCAGGAGUAAUGUUUCUGGGGUUUCUCUCCCGCCCUGCCAUGUCCAUUUGAAUAUCUUUAUUUGAAUAGACAUUUGGCAGAAGGUUCGUCAUGUCACGUGAAGCUCCAUCACACAGAAGCCCGGUGUCGCUCAGAGGCCUGCCCAUGGACGUCUGGAUGGCUAGUCUGCCAGGUGAACUCUGGGACAUCCCUUUAUGGAAUUUGGCCAUUCCAGGAAGUCAUAAUGCGAUUACGUACUGUUUGGAUAUGAAUAACCGAUCUCCCAUUGACCUCAAGCAGCCUGAUAUGCUCCAGAAGCUAGACAAGUACAUGAAGCCCCUCAUACGACCGUUCGUUUACAAGUGGGCAGUCACACAGGAGUGCACCGUGCGGGAACAGAUGGACUGUGGUGUGAGGUACUGCGAUCUCAGGAUAGCGCGUCGGCCCAACGACAACUCCUCUGAUCUCUACUUCUACCAUGGAGUCUACACCACUAUUACUGUAGAGACCGUCCUGAAGGAAAUCAGGACUUGGUUGGAUGUGCAUCCUAAGGAGAUAGUCAUCCUGUCCUUCAGUCAUUUCCUGGGCCUGAGUCAGGAGCUCCACACACUCCUCAUCUCAACCAUAAAGAGUGUGUUCAACUCCAAGCUGUGUCCUAAAACGGAUGUGGUCACGCUGAGGAGUUUGUGGAGUUCAGGUCAGCAGGUGAUCGUCUCGUACGAGCACAAUUUAGCGAACUGCCACACAGAGCUGUGGCCUCAUGUACCCUACUGGUGGGCUAACAAGUGUAAAGCCGAAGCGCUGAUCGAGGAGUUAGAACGCAGGAAACAACACGGUCGUCCAGGAGGCUUCUUCGUGACGGGGAUCAAUCUCACUGAGGACCUGAAGUACAUCUGCUCCCAUCCCACCGAGUCACUCAAGGACAUGGUCAUGUCGACGUAUCCGAUGCUGCUUGCCUGGGUCCGGGAGCAGAAACCUGGAUCCUGCGCUGACUCGCUCAAUAUCAUCGCUGCCGAUUUCGUGACUGAGAGCGAGUUCAUACGAACUGUCGUAGCACUGAACGAAAAUCUGCUGAGUAAAAGCACAUGAGGAUGAUGAUGAAGGUGAUGAUGAUGAUGCAGCUGGUUGGUUUUGCACAAUAUUUGGCACAUAGCACACACGUUUACUUAUUUUCUGAAAUAGACAUAGACAAAUAGACAUAGACAUGUAGACAUUUGCGGGGACUCUUUUGAAUAUGAUUUCAGUUACGGGUAGGAUCUUAAUGCUAUGCACUAAUCGUUAUGACUUGAAUUUUUAUUAUUAUUAAUGACUUGUAUGACUAAUGUGCUGUCUUUAUUCUAAAGUUUUACCUCUUUAACCUGGCAAUAACCUUUAGUAGAGUUUUUAAAUGUAGACGCUCAGAAACGAAAGGGAUUAUCUUGCAGUUGCUUAUUAACGAAGUGCGAACCUCAGGGCUCGGUACUGGGUACGUUUAAAAUGGGAAAUGUGAAUGUAAUGUACCGUUAAAGACUUUUCUUGAACUUGAUAGGUGAUUCCAGGAUUUGUGAUUUACUUACCUCGGUUUAGCUUCGAGCUGUUUGUGAACCCUGUGAUCAUGAGCAGAGUUUUUGGCAUUGACAUUCAAGUCACUGCCUCUGUUUUCACCUCACAUACACCUACAGGCUCAGAUAACAAUGGCUGCGCUCCAAGGACACAGUUUUGUUCUGUUUGUCUUCAUGUUUCAAUUGUUUUAAAUAGGAUUGUUUUAAAUCGUGAUCAAUUCUGUCACAUUGUACUUUUCUGAGACAUCGUAGCUACCCAGAUGUAUUUGUUUUAUUUUAAAUUACAAGCCAAAAAUUUUAUAGUUUUAAGCUGUUUAAAUUUUUACACUUGUAAUAUUUUCCAUUUACAGAUAUUUUUUUCCUCUACUACAUUUUAAAGGAUCAACAAAUUACACAUUUAUAGGUUUAUGGUUAAUUGCAACAGGGCUGUUUUUUUUUCUGGAAGGAAGGAAACCUGUGAUAGAAAUAAUGAGAUACAUAGCUUAUGUGGUAGAAAUGUCCUGCCAUAUUGUUAUUUGUUUAUUUAGUCAUAUCGCCCAAUCCUCAUCCUCCAGGCCUGCUGGUGCUGUGAGACUGGGAGUAGCCCUACUAGAUAGUACCAUAAGGAAUAAAACAUAAAGGGCCAUGGAAAAUAAUCAAGGUUGGGGUGGUUUUAAUAUCCUACCAUAAUAACAAAAAAAUAUCAGCACCACUGUGUGAGCUGCUGCUAUAGAAAAUUAUUCCGCACAGGACCCAAUGACAAGCUACGGUACAGGUCUUACCCUUUUAUUGUUUAGACUGCAUGUUCCUCACAGACUUGUGUUUUCUAUUUUUUACUUCUUGCCUGAAAUCAUAUCAGUGACCUACGCAGUACAUUUGUGUUUCAAAAACAGGACGGGGGUCAGUAUCUCAGGAGGAAGGGUUUUAGUCGGAAAUGCAGAUUAACACACAUGGAAAUGAGAGAUUAAUUUUUUUAAAAUAUCUUUAUGUUGAAUUUUAAAUUGUAUAGAAAAUCAGUCUGUAUGAUUAUAUCACAUGACCAGGCAUGUGGUUAACACAGAGCCACUUGUAUGCAAAUUACUGCCUGGUGGAAUUGAUGUCAAUUUAUAUUACAGAGGAUCAAGUUUACAGAGGAAAGCAUUUGUAUACAGCACAAUCUCACACAAUACAAUACACCUCAUUAAACUCAGCACAGCAUGAAGAAAAUCAGCCACACCAUGUAACAGUGUGUUUCAGCUUGAAUUAAAAUCAUGCUGCAUGACAUUUCAUCCAAAGCAUGAAGGGAAUGUCACAAACUCUAGAAAAAGACAAGUGUCUGAAUUAUUUUUAUUUAUUACUGUACACAAUAUUAUGACCUGAUGUUUAAGAAAAAAAAUAUCCAAUAAAAUAUGUACAACAG